AUGAAAAUUUCAAGUUUCUUUGCCAUUUUUACUGUCGUUUUAUGUCGUCUUGGCGCGAUAAAUUCACAGCCUCUAGUUCCUGCACUCUUCAUAUUUGGAGACUCGGUUGUUGAUGUGGGAAAUAACAACAAUCUUGAAACAAUUGUCAAAUCAAAUUUCCCACCUUAUGGAAGAGACUUUGUCAAUCACAAGCCAACUGGGAGAUUUUGUAAUGGAAAACUGGCUUCAGACUUUACUGCUGAAAGCCUUGGAUUUACUUCAUAUCCACCAGCUUAUCUCAGCAAGAAUGCUACAGGAAAAAACCUGCUUAUUGGAGCCAACUUUGCUUCUGCUUCCUCCGGUUAUUAUGAUGAAACAGCAAAAAUCUAUAAUACAAUUCCAUUGAGCAAGCAACUAGAAUUCUACAAGGAUUAUCAGAAGAAACUGGUGGGAAUUGCAGGGAAAUCCAAUGCUUCAUCAAUAAUUUCUGAUUCAGUAUACCUAAUUAGUGAUGGAAGCAGUGAUUUUGUUCAGAAUUACUAUAUUAAUCCUCUUCUCUACAAGGUCUACACAACUGAUCAGUUCUCAAACAUUCUCCUACAAUCCUACACAAAAUUCAUACAGGAAUUGUACAAGUUGGGAGCAAGGAAGAUUGGAGUGACAACAUUGCCACCACUUGGAUGUGUACCAGCAGUGAUUACAAUAUUUGGAGAGGACAGCAAUGAAUGUGUACAAAAAGUAAACAAAGCAGCAAUUUCAUUCAACAAUAAAUUGAAUGCAACAUCCCAGAAUUUGCAAAGCAAACUUUCUGGUCUUAAUCUUGUUAUUUUGGAUAUCUACCAGCCUCUUUAUGACCUGGUUACAAAGCCUAGUGACAAUGGCUUUUUUGAAUCAAGAAAGGCUUGUUGUGGCACAGGAUUGGUGGAGACAUCUAUACUAUGCAAUGCAAAGUCCCCUGGAACAUGCAAAAAUGCAUCAGAAUAUGUGUUUUGGGAUGGAUUUCAUCCUUCAGAGGCUGCAAAUAAAAUUAUUUCUGAUGACUUGCUUGCUGCUGGCAUUUCCCUCAUCUCCUAA